AUGGAUACGCAACGAGACGAAGAUAAAGUUAAUAAAGCCCAAAGUGGUAAAAGAUAUUUUCGUUCUAAAUCUGUAGCUUCCAACGAUCCUCAAAGUCCAUAUUAUACAAAUCCUGGAAAAUCUACGGGGAUACGAGUGAGAUCUCCAAGUGUUGCGUGUGUGCCUUACUAUGAUGAAGAAUGUCGUCUUAAGCAUCAGGGCAGUUUAGCAGUGGACGAAACUAAGACAUCUACUAUCAAACAGCAUUAUUAUCCUGAAGGUGGCUGGGGGUGGGUGGUGUGUGUUUGUGCAGUACUUAUACACAUGUUAUCAACUGGUCUUCAUUCCGCUUUUGGAUUUUUCUUAUUAGAAAUAUUAAAGAAGUUUAAAAAAGACAGUGAUGUGGUUCAAGCAGUAUGUGUGGGCGCUCUUUCGACCACUGUAACGUUAUUCCUAUCACCCGUAGUUGUAGCAUUUUGCAGAAGAAAGAGUACAAGAUUAAUAGCACUCUUUGGUGGAAUAAUAACUGCUCUAGGUUGCUUAUUUACAUCAUUUGCCACUCAAUUUCAUCAGAUGUAUGUUAGUUAUGGAGUUAUUAUAGGAUGUGGUGUCAGCUUUUCAAGAACUACUUCAACCGUGAUUGUUUGCGAAUAUUUCAAAAAGAAAAGAGGACUUGUGGAGAUAUUCAUUUGCACAUCGACUGGCAUAGGAUCUAUAAUUGUGCCCGUCUUAUUAACGCAAUGCAUCAGAAAAAUUGGUUGGAGAUUAGGGUUUCAAGUAGUCACUUGUAUCUUUGUCAUUACUAUCCUGCUCUCGGUAUUUUAUAGACCAGCAUCUCUCUAUCAUCCGCAAAGAAGAGCAAUUCUUCACAUUAAAUGUCUGCAAAAGCGUUCUAAGCAAAAAGAGAAAAUGUCAACAUUAACAAAACCAAAGCCAAAAUAUUUCGAUUUUAAAGUUUUAAAGUCUCGAACUGUACAAAUAAUAAUAAUUAGCAGUGGAUUAACAGCAAUGGGAAUAUCAUCACCUUAUUUACUAUUAAUUUACGAAGGAGAUAAAGAAGGAAUCGAUAAACAUUCGCUACUUAUGCUGCAGAUAUUUCUUGGUUCUGCUUGUGCUGUGGGUAGUGGAGCAUUUGGAUGGAUCGUCGUUCGUAACAGCUUACAAUGUCUUAUCGCUAAACAAUAUCUUUGUCAAGCAGCAAUGUUUAUGUCAAGUGCUACUAUAUUAGCAUUAAUCAUGUUUCAUGAAUAUCGGAGUUAUAUAAUGUUUGCAUGGAUAUAUGGAAUAUUUUAUGGUGGUUAUCAUUACUCGUUAAAAUUAUUCACUUUAGAAAAAGUUCGAGCUAGAAAUUUUCUAAGAGCGUGGAGUUAUGUGGAAUGGUUUCAAGCUAUACCUAAUUUGAUCGGUAUGAUAUUAACAGGUUAUCUGAAUCAUAAAUACGGCAAUAAAUCCGGUUUUUACAUAUCAUCUAUUUUCACAAUGUUAGGAAGUUUAGCAAUGUUUGGUAUCAACUUUCACCGUAAAAGAACCCAAAAGAAAAAGGACAAUGCUAAGAGAAAAAUAUCAGAAUUGAGUGUGUAUAGAGAGAGAGUAGAUGCUAUAAAACGUCCGGAACUGACUUGUAUAUCUGAAGAAGCUAUAGCAGAUUUUGACGAGUUUUUAGACGACUGUAUCACCAGUUGCAAUAAAGAAGAAAAAUUUCUCAUGUUGAGUGAAUUCGAAAAUAAUUUAAGCAAAACUCAAGCGUUAAUACAACCUACGAGGCCUAUUAGAAAAAUGGCAGUUGUAACUCCUCCUAACUUCAAUCAGUGUUCUAAUUGUCGAAACUUGAUCAUAGAGGAUACAAUUCCCGAAAAAACUCUGUGUAAAGAAGAAAUUAUCCAGUUAUCUGGAUUGUUAUAACUGUAAAAAAUAAAAUAAAAUAAACUUUUUUACGGAAUGCAUUUUACUAAUUUAUUUCAUU